AUGCUUGGUUAUCCCACUUCCUUGACCUUCGCUUUGCAGCUGAAGGUUGAGGUGGGUCUGGUGGCUGUUGGGUUUGCGAGAGAGGACAACGAGGAGGGUGUUGGCACUGCUGGGUCUGUGAGAAAGGAUGGCAAGAGGGUAGUGGACUCUGCUAGGAUGGACAAUGUGGAGGUGGCAGUGGGUGGCUGGAUUUAUGGAGCAAAAAUAUCAGCCCCAACUCCUGAUUUUGAUUGGUUAGGCAGUGGAAGCAAGAGGCAAGCUCUUCUGAUUCAAAUAAGUGAAGCAAUAGUGGUGCUAGGCAGCCUCAUUCAGGCACUAUUCUCUUGUGCAGUGGUUGCACUAAUGACUGUAAUCUACACAUUGACAGGCGGGGUGGCGAUGGCUCAAAGUCCAUCUGGUCAUCAUCUAGGAAGAGACUAA